AAUAUAGACGAUGGAUUGCAUUCUGACUUUAUGGUAAUAUCAUUUUGCGAUUUUUGUUUCUGUAUUUUAUUUCUUUGUCCAUAUUGUAAAUUAUAGUACCCAAAUGUAUACACAGACACUACUAGAAUCAGAAGGCAACAAUAUGAACGAGUGGCAACAACUUUUUUCAAAGAACAGAUUCAAAAUUCUAAAACAUCUGCACAUGGUCGUCGAUACCACCCAGACAUUGUACGCUGGGCAAUAGAGCUAUACUCUCGAUCACCUGCAGCUUAUCAACAGCUUUUGACUUCAGAUGUACUGAAAUUGCCAUCAUCCAGAACUCUGCAAAAGUAUAGAUACAAUUUUCUUGAUUUUAAUUUAUCUGAUUAUAACAAAAUAAACUUGAUAACAUGAAUAUAGCAACGAACUCUCCUGGCAUUAAUCCAAUUGCUGUGGAGUCAAUGAAGAGACUUCAAGAACCAGUAGAAGGUUAUCUGACUGUCGAUGAAAUUAAAGGAAGGCUUGGUAUAUCAAGAUGGUCAGUUGGUUGGCUUUGUAGACUUUGGGGAUCGCAAAGUAGAUACAAAAAUUGCAACACAUAUUUGUAUUUUUUAUGUGCGAUCAAUGAAGAAAGAAAUCUCUAUGCCUCUAUCAUGGUGGCCAACUACUGUCACCACAGCACUUCAAUUGAUGUCUACUUUUGGGGAAGGCGAGUUGGCAAAUGUGAGACUAACAAUGUGCAUGUUAAUGCAAUUGUUGCUGAUGGUGCUCCGACGAACAAAAGAUUUUUUUCCAUUUUACAUGGAGGAUCAUACACUAUUCGUGAAGGUGUUUUACUGCUCCAAACCCAUACAGGCCUACUCAUCCUAUUUUUAUUUGUACCGAUCCCAGUCAUUUACUUAAGGUAUAGAUUUUAAUGUGAUCUUAAUUGUCGCUGCAAUUUGAAAUUUAUGUUUGUUUAGACGGUAAGAAAUAGGCUGUAUUCCUCAAGUUCAAAAAUCACUUGUCACGUGACCUAAGCUUCCUAUCUGUAUGUUUAGAUAUCUAUGGACUGUAUCGUUUUCUUUCUCACUCACUUUUGACCACAGAUAUAAUAUAAUAUACCAUAUUUUAAUAAUACAACUUCUUUAUUAAACUAUGAUUAUACCUGUAACGUAUUUCUUGUAGUGUAACGUAUUCGUUGUUGUAACGUAUAUUCGUUGUUGUAAGGUAUUCUUUGUUGUGUCUGUGUGCGCUUUGAGUUGCAUCUAGCGGACAUCCGGGUUCUGCAUAGUCUGGAAUCUGAAUAACCUUAGUUUUCUCGGUCAUUUUAUUUUGGACAAGCUAGCGAGCGGUACGUUGUAAACCGCAGCCUAGAAUCCCGACAUAAUAAAA